GCAUGGUAUCAGUGGUUGGUUGUAAACAAUGGUGUUGGGGGCGUCGAAGUUGGCUCCUUACCUGUCAGUCGACAAGACCUAGCCUCAGUUCUUGGCUCUUGUAGCUUUCGUCUAUACUCCGCUGCUGAGUUGUGUCACCCUAUCAAAAUGGAGGAAGUUGAUAAGAUAUUAAUCCUGACUCUGAAUCAUUUGGGAUGUGACAUAGGUGAAGAAGUGAAGAGUGUUGGAGAUUUUGGGCAUGAAGAAGUUGUAAGUGGAGUGGUGCGUUGCAUUCGGAGCAUCAACAGUGAGUGUGAUUUACCAACUUCACUACCGCACAACAUGGCCCAACGCUUCAGAGUUGCAGCUGCAAUUGCACAAGCAGUGAAGGAUGUGGGAUAUCUUGGUGAUGUUGGUUACCAGUCACUUCUCUAUCCAAAUGAGACCGACUUGAGAAAGAUAUUUAUGUUUCUGAUUGAGAAACUACCAAAAGACACAGCUGCUGUUUCGGAUGAACCUCUGAAUAAUGCUGCACUUAUUCAUCGAGAGGCUAAAAAGAAAUUAUCUGAAGCACUAUCCCAACCUUGGAUUCCUGCCCAUUGUAGACAUGUUGCUCAUAGACAUGCUUCUCAAGCCUCGGUAACAAAACAUGGUACCUACCAUGCUCGGCAGUUUAUCACAAAACCAUAUACACCAUUAGACAGUCCAUCAAAAGUAGUCCCAGGACUGAGAAGCUAUUAUGAGAAUUAUUCCCGGAGAGUUACGAAGUUGGUGGGCUGCAACUAUUUAAUAGCAACUCUUCUCAACACUCAUGCUACUCAGCUACAAAGAGACAGAAUUAUGCCCAUAAGUAUAGGAAAAAAGGUAAAAUCAGAAAACCUCAAGCUCGACCCUUUGUUCAGUGAAGAGGAGACUCCGAUGAAAUCACUGGAUGUGCUGACAUCUGGAUCAUGUGCUCUGUCUUCUUUUGAAACUUUCCAGCAAAUGGCAGAUGUAAAAGUCUUUGAGAAGGAGGCAAACAUAGAUAAAGGUUCACCAACUCCAGAAACUGGUGUGACAACAGAAGAACAGAUUCACUUAAAAAGGGAGGAACAACUCUCUCGCCUGCAGACUGAAAUAAGCAACGUUAUGAAUAAGACUGAAGAAUGUACUCAGGGUAUUCAGCAGUCUAUGUCAGUGUUAGCCAAGCUCACUGAGGAAUUGACAAAAGAAGAACAGAUGAAAGAAGAGCAUAUGAUAGAAUUUAAUAUGAAACGGAAAACAUCAAGUCUUUUACCUGAAUCAUCAACAAAUAUUCAGAGACUACAGAUUGCACUGAAGAAUAGUGAGGACAAAAUGGUACGUCUUCAGCAGCAGUGGGAAGCUCAUAAAAAACCUUUAAGUGAACAGUUGUCUCAGCUUACUUUAGAAGUAAAUGGUAAGAAGGGAAAUAAAGAUCAGAUCUUGGCAGAGAUGUCAGAGUUGCGAGAUAAAAUGAAGGCAAUGGUACAAGAUGCAUACAGGAAGGAAGGUGCCUUAGCACAACUCAAGGACCAAGUUGAGAAGAUGAAUAAGGACAUAAAUAGAUCUGUGUAUACCAAACGAAUAAUUGAUAUCAGCGCCAAAGUUCGUAAACAAAAACAAGAGAUUGAUCGCGUGCUGGCAGACACUAGAACUAUACAAAAGGAGAUAAACAUGUUAUCUGGCAAACUAGAGAGGACUUUCACAGUUGUCGAGGGAACUGCUUACAAGGAGGCUGCUAACAAUGAACGAGUGCGGCAGGUUUACCGAGCUGUGGCAGCUGUGCAUGAAGGCUGUGGAGAAUUGGUGGAUAUUGUACGUGAUACUGGAACUAUCCAAAGAGAAAUAGCUGAUUUAAGAGAACAGGUUGAUCUUGAGAAGAGCAAAAAGGUGGAGGAGAAUUUAGAACAGCUGAAGAUUGAUCUAAAUCAAGUGAAGAAAGAGAAUGCCAUCUUAAAACAGCAAUUGUUGUAAUUACCUAAGUGUAGGAAAGCACUUGUGUCUUUUAUUUAAAUUGUACAAAUGUUACUAGACAGCAGUACACUGAAAUUUUUGUUCUUUAUAUUUGUAAAAUUUAAUAAUUCAGAAUUGUUAAAUGUAUUGUAAAUUAUAUGGGCAUAAGAUUACUUUUAUUUAUAAAAGUAAUUUUAGUUUAUGAUGAGUUUAUUUAAUUUUAGUUUAUGAUUAUUAAUGAGUUUAUGAUGUCUUUGUGGUACAUUAAGUUACUAAAUGUAAUGUUUUAGACUGAUAUAAAAGUGAUACAGAAAUCCUUGAUAAUUUGGGCAUCCAAAUUCCUUCAGUAACACCUACAAUUUUAAACUUUGUAAACAAGAAAAUCAUAAAAUAUGGAUGCUAUGCAGUGAAGGUUUGUGAAGUAUGAUAUGGACAGUAUGCAGUUUGUUAAUAAUAAUUCUCUGUGCAGUAACGUGUUAUAAAUAAAUAUUAAAUGAUUUUAAA